AAUAUGAAGGAUGGCAGCAUCAUCGUGAACCACACUUCAGCCCUAGGACUCGAUCCUAAUUCGGAAAUGAUCGCCCAUGGCGCUGCUUCUGCGGGUUUCUUGGUCGCUUCCAUGGCUUUUGGCAAAAGCAAAUAUUUCAAAAAAACUCAAAUUAGGAUGACGACAUUGUGUAGCGAGCUGAUGGCAUCGAUGUCUGUUGGAGGUACUGUGCCAUUUAUACGCGAUGGACACGAAGCAUAUAAAAAUAUUCAAAUUUCAGUUGCCAAGUCUGCAGCUUAUUUGGUCAAAUAUGGACCUAAUAAUACACUAUGGCUUUGUCAACAAAACGGAAUAUUGAGUUCAGUGAAGUUAUAUAAGCUUAAUGAUUUCACUGUAAAAUACGGACCAAUUAUUUCAAAUCGAAAAUAGUAAUUGGUGAUUUAAAAACCAAAUUAAACAAAAUUGUGUUAAUGUUUAUUAAUAUAAUAUAGGACCUAUGUGUCGCCUACGUGCCGUCUACCGGGAAGCUGCC